UCAAUUUUCCUUUGUUUCAUAUCAAAUUUUGGCGCUCUUUCUUGUUGCCUGGAUCGAGAAGAUUUACUGCGAUAUUUUAGCUUCAUUAAGUAUUCUGUCUACUUCAAAUUAUGACAUACAAAAGUUUAUAAUUGUCAAUAUUUGUUAUUUUUAUCUAAAAGUGAGGGAAUAAAUUUGAGUCGAUAAAAAUGAGCCAUAUUGAAGUGAAAGCUUGUCAGCUACGAGAAGAAGCCAAAAGAAGAGUAAAAUCUGCAAGUUUUUUACAAAAUUUGUUUUCGAAAUCUGUAAACAAAACUAAAGAAUCAAUCGAAUACUACAAAAGGGCUGGGAAUCUGUUUAAGGUAGUAAAAAAUUGGAAUCAGGCUGGUAUUGCGUUUACGGAUGCUGCAAAUCUUUGUUGUAAAGCUAACGAUUUUACUGAAGCGGCGUUAAAUUUCGUAGAAGCUGCCCAUUGUUAUAAAAAGAUUGACACUCCAAAAGCAAUAGAAAUGUAUCAAGAAGUUGUUAAAAUAUACAGAAAUAAUGGUAAAUUUAGUGCUGCGGCUCAAUAUUAUCAAGCCAUAGGCGAAUUACUACUAGAUGAUGGAGAUAACGAAGACGCUAUUAAAUACUUUGAAGAAGCUGCCGUUUUUUAUAAACAUGAAAACAGAUAUACUGCUGCAAAUAAAUGUUUGGAAAAAAUUGCUGAUUUUGCAGCAUUAUCAGCAGACUACCUUAAGGCUAUAAAAAUAUUUGAAGAACUAGCUUGUUUUGAUUUAGCAAGUUCCAUCGUCAAACAUCAAGUUAAAUAUUAUUUAUUCAAAGCUGCCAUUUGUUUGCUUUGCAUUGAUACCAAAGCUGCUAGAAAAUUAGUUAUAUACAUAAAUAUGUAUCCUGCAUUUGAAGAAUCAAUAGAAUAUCAAUUAAUUUUAUGUCUGUUAAAAUGUAUAAUGGACAAUGAUAUUGAAGGCUUUGAAAAAUCUGUAAGAACGUUCGAUAAGGUAAACGAAUUGAGUCAGUGGCAUGUUACACUGUUACUCAGGAUUAAAAAUCAAAUUGAGAUUGAAUAUACACUAGUAUAAAUCAGUGUUUCAAGUUCAGAAAGGAUAUAAAUAAAUUCUGGCUUUUUUAGAUGGGAGCGGCUCU